UCGCCUGUUAGAUUCACGCUACUGUUUCAACUGAUUAUCCAAAAAAAUUCUCUCUUUCUAAGUUCAGCUAAGUGUUAGCCUUAUCACAUUCAGAGUGGAAGCUCGACCUGCUAAUGGCACUUUGGCCUAGCGGUUUCAAGUUGCUCCCGCUCGCGGGAGAUUGUGGGUUUGAUCCAUCUCGCUCUCAAGCCGUUCCAUCUUGCCGCUGUGCGCUCAAAAGCUCGACUCAGUUCACAGAAAUGGGAAUUCCAAAAGUGGGUAGGAUCAAGCUGGGUUCACAAGGCUUGGAGGUUUCGGUCCAGGGACUUGGUUGCCUGGGUAUGUCACCUGCCCAUGACACUCCUAAACCCGAACCCGACAUGAUUGCCGUCAUCCGCCACGCCAUCCAAAACGGUGUCACAUUUCUCGAUACCGCCGAUGUCUUCGGUCUAUACACGAAUGAAAUUCUCCUCGGAAAGGCUUUGACGGGAGGUCUGAGGGACAAGGUUGAAUUGGGCUCCAAAUUUGGACUCUACGUUGCGGACGGCAAGGCUGGCAUCCGUGGAGAUCCUGCAUACGUUAGAGCGGCUUGUGAGGCCAGCUUGAAGAGACUGGAGAUCGAUUGCAUUGAUCUCUAUUAUGUUAUUCGUACUGAUACUCGUGUGCCUAUUGAAGUCACGAUUGGAGAACUCAAAAAACUUGUUGAGGAAGGAAAAAUAAAAUACAUUGGCUUGUCUGAGGCUUCAGAUUCAACAAUCAGAAGAGCACAUGCUGUUCAUCCUAUAACAGCUGUGCAGUUGGAGUGGUCCUUAUGGACAAGAGACGCGGAGGAAGAAAUAAUUCCAACUUGCAGAGAACUUGGCAUUGGAAUUGUAGCAUAUUGUCCUCUUGGACGAGGAUUCUUCGGAUCAGGAGCAAAUGUGGUUAAGAGCUUUACGGAGAAUGACUUUCGGAAGCUUGUGCCUAGAUUCCAUCCAGAAAUCUUGAAGCACAACAGUAUUAUAUUUGAGAGGGUUAAUGAAAUGGCUAAAAGGAAGGGAUGCACUCCGUCGCAGCUAGCAUUGGCCUGGGUUCAUCAUCAGGGAAAUGAUGUGUGCCCCAUACCAGGAACCACCAAAAUUGAGCACUUGAACCAAAACAUCGGGGCUUUGUCAGUUAAGCUUACUCCAGAAGAAAUGGCAGAACUUGAAUCUUUCGCUGCCGGGGAUGCGGUCAAGGGCGAAAGAACUCGACCUGGACUAGCUACAUAUAAGGACUCUGACACUCCUCCUCUUUCUUCAUGGAAAGCUGCAUAAGCAAGUUCAUCCUUAUUCUUUGUAUAUUCAGCAGGUAUCCUUGUCUCAAAGGUGUUGUUAUAUUAAUAGUCCUUCUAGAUUGAGGGCAAAGAGAGAUGGAUGGUAUUUCAGCAUUUAAUAGGGACACUGAGGAUUUUCAAUACUGCCCUCAAAACUAAAUCUGGCAUUUUAGCAGGCAUUAGGAUUACUUUGAAUUGUAUAAUAUCAUGAAUGAGAAUUGCGAUCUUUUCAUACAAAUGCUUCAAGAAGUGGCUGGUCAAA